AUGAGAAUCUAUAAGGAUAUUAUUACCGGUGAUGAGAUGUUCUCAGACACAUAUAAAAUGAAAUUGGUCGAUGAAGUUAUUUAUGAAGUCACCGGUAAAUUAGUUACAAGAUCACAAGGCGACAUCAAAAUUGAGGGCUUCAACCCAUCUGCUGAAGAAGCAGAUGAGGGCACAGACAGCGCGGUAGAGAGCGGUGUUGAUAUCGUGCUAAACCACAGGCUAGUGGAAACGUAUGCUUUCGGAGACAAGAAGUCCUACACAUUAUACCUUAAAGACUAUAUGAAAAAAUUAGUUGCAAAAUUGGAAGAGAAUGCUCCAGACCAGGUAGACAUAUUCAAAACAAAUAUGAACAAAGUUAUGAAAGAUAUCCUAAGCAGGUUUAAGGAACUCCAGUUCUUCACUGGUGAAUCAAUGGACUGUGAUGGCAUGGUUGCCAUGAUGGAGUACAGGGAUAUUGAUGGAGUAUCCACGCCUAUCAUGAUGUUCUUCAAACAUGGCUUGGAGGAAGAGAAGUUC